GCCAAGUGAGCAAGACAACACACCAGAUUUCUGAGACAAUCAAGAUCAGCACCUGUGCAAGAUGGAGUACCAGGGACAGCAGCAGCACGGUCAGGCGACUAACCGCGUCGACGAGUACGGUAACCCGGUGGCCGGACAUGGCGUCGGCACCGGCAUGGGCGCGCACGGCGGCGUCGGCACCGGCGCGGCCGCUGGUGGGCAGUUCCAGCCCUCGAGGGAGGAGCACAAGGCCGGAGGGAUCCUGCAGCGCUCCGGCAGCUCUAGUAGCUCCAGCUCGUCUGAGGAUGAUGGCAUGGGCGGGAGGAGGAAGAAGGGCAUCAAGGAUAAGAUUAAGGAGAAGCUUCCGGGUAGCCACGGCGACCAGCAGCAGACCGCUGGCACCUACGGGCAGCAAGGUCAUACUGGAACGGCCGGCACCGGCGGCAACUACGGCCAGCCCGGACACACCGGAAUGGCUGGCACCGACGGCACCGGUGAGAAGAAGGGCAUCAUGGACAAGAUCAAGGAGAAGCUGCCCGGACAGCACUGAGCCCCGCCCGCGGCCGCUACUUGUGAAAGUCUGGCCACCUCUGCAGAAUAAUAAGAUGGAGAUACAAUAAAACUUCCCGAAAUAAAGUGAGUUUUAGCUCACUUAUAAUGUCUGAGUUCCGAGUUUUGUGGACUUAAAUAUAGGGGUUUCUUGUAUGUACCGGGAAGUUUCCUACUCUGUACUUUUGACGUGUGAAUUUUCUUUUGGUUGAACUGUGUAUGUAUUGUAUGCAUAUCAUGGUAUAAUACAAUAUAUUUU